AAUUUGAUGGAUAGAGGAAUGAUGUCCAGUCCCGUAUUGUCAAGAAUGAGAGAAGAUUAUAAGUUGGGACACUUGGACGAGUCUACUAUACUACACAACCCAUUCAUUCAGUUUGACAAAUGGUUCCAAGAUGAGUUACAAUGGAAGAAGAUCGCUGAGCCCAAUGCAAUGACCCUCUGCACCUGUUCAAAAGAAGGCAAGCCAUCUGGUAGAAUAGUACUUCUCAAGUUCUUUGAUGAGAAUGGUUAUGUUUUGUUUACAAACUAUAAUGGACGCAAGUCAAGGGAGAUGACUGAUAACCCUAAUGCAUCACUGGUGUUCUAUUGGUCAGAGAGACAAGUGCGUGUUGAGGGUACGGUAGAGCGUACAACACGUCAAGAGAGUGAGGACUACUUCAAGACACGACCAAGGACAAGCCAGAUAGGCGCAUGGGUGUCAGAGUACCAGAGUGCAGAGGUCACUGAAAGCUACAUGCGUCAACGUCAACUAGAUAUAGAGAAGCAGUUUGAAGGUGUCGAGGUGCCCGUGCCCAGCUUCUGGGGAGGCUGGCGAAUCAAACCCACCUACUUUGAGUUCUGGCAGGGCAAAGGUGGUCGCAUUCACGAUCGCUUCAAGUUCACAAAGAAUACAGAUUUCAAUGAGGGCAGUGACACUGAGUGGACGUUCAAGAGACUGUCG